AUGCGGUCGGGGUUGGAGGUUUCGCAGGUCCAUUCCGGCCUCUGGGUGCAGGAUGCGCGGACCGAGCUCCCGCACCCGAGCGCCAGUCCGGCGAAGGGCCGACUGGGCGGGGACGUCAUGAACCACCGGUGGUUCGCGCGCACCCCCUGGGCGCGGCUGCCGGUGCGCGGCGCCCGCCCUCCCCACCGGCCCGGGGUCGCCUCCGCAGGACCGACGCCUCGAUGUUCGACGAGUUCUCGGAGAGCGACGGCGAGUUGCUGCCGGCGGUCUCGGCAGCGGACUGACCAGCGCUCGUUCGAGGGCUUCCGCCUGGGCCCGAGUGAGUGCCGCCGCAGAGCGGUGGCGCCGGCCGGCAGCCUCUCCCUGCGCGCCGGCCGCCCAGGGCGCCAGAGCGGCAGCAGGAAAGGUGGCCCUCUGAAGUUUGUCACGGCGGAGACAGCGGCAGAAAAUCCAGUGAAACAGCACAGCACCUCCGAGCAGGGGCGACAGAGCGUCAACGGCACCGUGCUGCAGAUCAGUCCGAUCCAGGACCUGGGCUCGCCCCUGCCAGGCCUGUGUCAUCUGCGGUGCGCCCUCCUGCGGACUCAUCCGUCAGCGAUGCUCCGCACCGCCUGCAUGAGCACCGGCCUCGCGGCGGCCUCGGCCUUCGUGGGCCCCGCGCCCAGCGGGGGCGUCGUGAGCAGCGCCGCGACUGGUCAGCGCUUCUUGGCGCCGGAGGCGGCAUCGCCCGAGCAGCCUGCUGGCCUCGGCGCCAGCGGCGUUCUCGCGGCGGCCGGCGCGUGCGCCGUCGCGGCCGGCGCCGCAGCGCGCGCCGAGCGCCGCCGCCCCCGUGCGCGGGCGGUGGUCGCUUGUCGCGCCGAGGAGCCCGACACCGAGGCCUUCGCGAAGCAGGUGGCAGCCAGUGCCGCUGCCACGAUGGUCGCCGUCAGCGCCGCGGCGGCACCUGCGUCUGCCUACCCGAUCUUCGCGCAGCAGAACUACCCGAACCCCCGGGAGGCAACCGGCAAGAUCGCCUGCGCCAAUUGCCACCUCCAGGGCAAGUACAUCGAAGUCAAAAUGCCCCACGAGGUCCUCCCCGACACGAUCUUUAAGACCCUCAUCGAGCUCCCUCUCAAAUACGAGAAGAGGGUCCAGCCGAUCGCCGACGGCUCCAAGGCCAGUCUGAACGCUGGCGCGAUCGCGAUCAUGCCCGAGGGCUGGAAGCUGGCGCCGAAGGACCGGCUGCCCAAGGCGCUGAAGAAGCAGAUGAAGGGGCUCGCCUGGUCGCCAUACAGCAAGGACAAGCCCAACAUCGUCGUCGCGGGGCCGGUGCCCGGGAAGAUCUACGAGACGAUGGUGCUCCCCAUCCUCGCCCCCGACCCCAACAAGACCCCCGAGAUCGUGUUCAACAAGUACGAGUUCUAUUUCGGAGGCAACCGGGGGCGCGGGCAGGUCUACCCGGAGGGCAACCUCAGCAACGUCAACAUGUACACCGCGGCGGCUGAGGGCACCGUGACCGAGAUCGUCCCAGGCGAGAAGGUGGUCAUCACGAAGGCGGACGGCACGGUGGUGGACUCGCUCAUUGGCAAGGGGGCCACGGUCGUGGUCGAGGUCGGCGAGAGCGUGAAGAAGGACGAGCAGAUCACCACGAACCCCAACGUGGGCGGCUUCGGUCAGGAAGACAAAGAGGUCACGCUGCAGGACAUGAACCGCGUGUAUGCGUACUGCGGCCUCUCCAUCUCGAUCUUCCUGGCGCAGCUGGUGUUCGUGCUCAAGAAGAAGCAGUUCGAGAAGGUGCAGCUUGCGGAGGGCCUGUGUCAUCUGCGGUGCGCCCUCCUGCGGACUCAUCCGUCAGCGAUGCUCCGCACCGCCUGCAUGAGCACCGGCCUCGCGGCGGCCUCGGCCUUUGUGGGCCCCGCGCCCAGCGGGGGCGUCGUGAGCAGCGCCGCGACUGGUCAGCGCUUCCUGGCGCCGGAGGCGGCAUCGCCCGAGCAGCCUGCUGGCCUCGGCGCCAGCGGCGUUCUCGCGGCGGCCGGCGCGUGCGCCGUCGCGGCCGGCGCCGCGGCGCGCGCCGAGCGCCGCCGCCCCCGUGCGCGGGCGGUGGUCGCCUGUCGCGCCGGGGGGGCCGACACCGAGGCCAUCGCGAAGCAGGUGGCAGCCAGUGCCGCUGCCACAAUGGUCGCCGUCAGCGCCGCGGCGGCGCCUGCGGCUGCCUACCCGAUCUUCGCGCAGCAGAACUACCCGAACCCCCGGGAGGCAACCGGCAAGAUCGCCUGCGCCAAUUGCCAUCUCCAGGGCAAGUACAUCGAAGUCAAGAUGCCCCACGAGGUCCUCCCCGACACGAUCUUCAAGACCCUCAUCGAGCUCCCUCUCAAAUACGAGAAGAGGGUUCAGCCGAUCGCCGACGGCUCCAAGGCCAGUCUGAACGCUGGCGCGAUCGCGAUCAUGCCCGAGGGCUGGAAGCUGGCGCCGAAGGACCGGCUGCCCAAGGCGCUGAAGAAGCAGAUGAAGGGGCUCGCCUGGUCGCCAUACAGCAAGGACAAGCCCAACAUCGUCGUCGCGGGGCCGGUGCCCGGGAAGAUCUACGAGACGAUGGUGCUCCCCAUCCUCGCCCCCGACCCCAACAAGACCCCCGAGAUCGUGUUCAACAAGUACGAGUUCUAUUUCGGAGGCAACCGGGGGCGCGGGCAGGUCUACCCGGAGGGCAACCUCAGCAACGUCAACAUGUACACCGCGGCGGCUGAGGGCACCGUGACCGAGAUCGUCCCGGGCGAGAAGGUGGUCAUCACGAAGGCGGACGGCACGGUGGUGGACUCGCUCAUUGGCAAGGGGGCCACGGUCGUGGUCGAGGUCGGCGAGAGCGUGAAGAAGGACGAGCAGAUCACCACGAACCCCAACGUGGGCGGCUUCGGUCAGGAAGACAAAGAGGUCACGCUGCAGGACAUGAACCGCGUGUAUGCGUACUGCGGCCUCUCCAUCUCGAUCUUCCUGGCGCAGCUGGUGUUCGUGCUCAAGAAGAAGCAGUUCGAGAAGGUGCAGCUUGCG